AACCAGAAGAAGAAGAAGAGUCAGCGUUUGUGACGGAAGAGAACUAGAAGAAGAAGUCCGUUGUCAGCAGGGUGUGUUUGUGUUAAAGAGUAACAACAACAACAACAACAACAACAACAACAACAACAGAAGCUGAUCUGAGUGUGUUGUUGGAACAGAUGUACUAUUAUCGAUAUGACAACGCAGAGGUCAGCUGCUGCUACAAAUACCUGAUGUUCAGUUACAACAUCAUCUUCUGGCUGGCUGGAGCUGCCUUCAUUGCAGCAGGUUUCUGGGCGUGGAGUGAAAAGGGAGUCCUGUUGGAUCUGACCCAGGUGACCCGGCUGCAUGGUUUCGACCCGGUCUGGUUGGUCCUGGUGGUGGGCGGAGUCACCUUCAUCCUGGGAUUUGCCGGCUGUGUGGGAGCUCUGAGAGAAAACAUCUGUCUACUAAAGUUUUUUUCGGGCGUGAUUGGCUUCAUCUUCAUCCUGGAGCUGACGGCGGCGGUGCUGGCAGUGGUUUUUCAGAGUCAGGUCAGAGAGUGGAUCAACGAGUUCUUCCUAGCAAACAUCAAAGCGUACAGAGAUGACAUCGACCUGCAGAACCUCAUCGACUCUCUGCAGAGGAUGAACCACUGCUGUGGAGCUCAGGAACCUGACGACUGGGAUCAGAAUGUUUAUUUCAGCUGUAACGGGACUCAUCGCAGCAGAGAGAAGUGUGGGGUUCCUUUCUCUUGCUGCAUCACCGAUCCUGCUGACUCGGUGGUGAACAGUCAGUGUGGUUACGAUGUGAGAAACAGACCAAAGAGGGCCUGGAAUGAUGAUAUCUACGUUAAAGGUUGCAUUGUUGCAUUAGAGGACUGGUUACCUGGGAAUCUCUACACUGUGGCCAUCGUCUUCGUUGUGAUCUCUCUGCUGCAGAUGGUGGGAAUCUACCUGGCCAGGACUCUGAUCUCCGACAUUGAGAAGGUGAAAUUCAGCUACUGAAGGCUCCACCUGUAGUGGGUGGGGCUUCCAUAUACAGUGGGUGGGGCCUCCACCUGCUUUCUUAAGUCAGACGUGCCUUCUUCUUUUCCUGUAUCUGCCUUCACUUCCUGUUGGUGCUUUGGCAACUGAUAACAUGUAGGAGCUGCCAAAGUCCUGAAAGAGAACAUUUAUUGUUAUUGUUUAUUUUGUUGUUUUGUCACUGCUCAGCACUGCCUUUACUUUUCCUGAAGUAUAAGAACACAAACUGAGUCUUUUUCUGCUCUUUCAACCUCUGAAUGUUUAUUGAACCAGUGUGACCUUUGACCUGAUUGGCUGUUUACCUUCAGUGCCUCCUUCAUCAUCAUCAUCAUCAUUUUGAAUUGAUUUAUCAAUGAAUCAUUCAGUCUAUAAAUCAAUAAACUAACAGUUGAACGUGGAAACUGCUAAUCAACUGAUUGAUCAACAGCUGAAUGUGGACACGUUGAUGAAAACUGAAAAUAACUUUUAUGUUACGGGUUUUAUAAAGAAAAUAAAUAUUGUUAUUUUCAAUAUCAGUAUCAAUGUCAGUAUCAGUUUUAUCACUAAUCGAUGGGCCGAGCAUAAAUAUGGAGAACUUUGACACUGGAUUCAUGUUAACGAGCUUUAGAUAAAUAACGUUUUUUUGUUCCAAUGUUUUGUGUUAAUAAAGACUUCAGGAUUUUUGAGCCAAUCAGAACCACAGAAACUUUUUUAUGAUUUAAUUUGAAAAACAGACAACUUUUAUUGUGAAGGGAUUCUGUUUUUAUAUAAAAGUGGAUUUUUAUAAAAAAUAAAGUUUGAUCCUAGUUUGUUUCAUAUUUUCAUUUCUGAAUGAAAUUCUUUGUAUUGAUCAGAACAGUAUUGAUCACUGAUCGCUGACUUUGAUUUGUUUCCUUCCUUCCUUCACUUUCUGUGCCAACUAUUCAUAAAAGUUCCAUAUAUUUGUACAUAUUAAAUAAAUCUAUUUAUCAAUAAAUGCA